GCCAUCGUGGGGAGCGCUCCUCGCGUCUAUAUCGCGGCGGUGGUUGCGAGUCGCGAGAGCUCGACCGGCAGCUCAUACACGACCCCGACCGCCUCCUUUUUCAGGGGUUUCGGUUUCCGGUUCGGAUACCCGUUCGCAGGGACGAGGCGGUUUUCUCCAUCCCCCGUGUAUCCAGUCCCUCUUUUUCUCUCUUUAUCUUUACCUUUCUUAUUAUCCAUCAUUUCUGUUCUUCACUCCUGUUUUUCUCAUCUUCCGUAGUUUUCCUUUUGUCAACCGCUGUCUCUCAGUCUAUCGCGAGUUGCCACGUUCGGCGAACGAACUUCGCGGCGUAUCUUGUGCGUGCGGCCUGUACGGGAGAUUGCGCGUCUCCUCGCUUUCGUCGUCGUGCUCGUCGUCGUGCUCGUCGUGCUCGUUGUGCUCGUACUCGCCGGUACUCAUCAUUACGGAUUACUCGCCACGUUCGCAUUUCUCUCGCUUUCAACCCGGUGCGCACGAUGCGAGGUAGAAACGUGCAUACAAGGAAUACGACUUCGCCAGACGAAAGCAACUACGGAUAACGGAACAAAGCAAGCAGCACCAGUAGAGUGAGACGAGGACGAGGGCGGAUGGGAGUGCGGAGAAAAAGGAGGGAUAGCCGCAACAGGACAGGAAGAGCGGCGGUGGUGAAUACGGAUAUACGAGGAUGCACCCUCGCGCGAACGCGCGAUCCGUGCUGAGGGAGAACGAGUGCGACGAGAGAAAGGGAGAGAAUGAGAGUGCGAGAGUAAAGCAGAAAUCGGGAAAGAAGGAAAAAUAGAGCGGGCGGGAAGAACGGCGCGGAGAACGGCGAAUUCGUUGCCUACGUGGAAACGGGCUGCUGGCAGAGGGAGCAGCCACGCUCCGCGAAGUUGCCUAGAUACCGGGCAACACCGUGUUGCGCUCCGGUGAAGUAGGAGGCAGCAAAGGAGGCGGAGGUGGUAGUGCUGCUCCGCGGGAGGAUGGAACGCGCGAUGGACUGUAGUGAGACGAGGAAGACGAUUGCCGGCCAGGCCGCGAACGCAGGUCCGUGAUGCUGCCAGGAAUCGCGAGAGCACCUCCGCGCCCCUCGAAACUCGCCACGAGAGAGAAAGAGAAAGAGAGAGAGAGAGAGAAAAAGAAAGAAAGAGAGAGAGAGAGAGGAUAGGUCGAAAAUCUCGCGGCAGCGUGCUUGCGGCUCGAGAGGCUAAUCGCGAAACAUGAUCGCGGCGUCGUUCACGGCUACUACACGGUUAGUUGUUGGAUUUAUCAGCCAUUGGUGCCGACGAUACAUAAUUCCUGCACAGUUCUCGUAAAGUUCUGAUAUCGCGAGGAUCCCCCGCGAGAAUGCUCGAAACGUUGGGAAGCAGCAUCGCGCGAACGUAGCGCGUUCUCUCUGGAAACGAUAAAACGCCGCCACCUUUCAACGAUCGAGACCUCGCGAAUACGCACAACCGAGGCGCGCGGAAGAACGCUUGGUUAUGACGGCGAAGUCGGGGGGUGCGUUAGCGAGGGCAUCGAGUAUCGAUUAGCGGACGAUUCGCGCGGAAUUGAACUCGACUCGUGACACCCUGCACGAUGAUGAUAAUUAGUGACGCAGCGGGCGAUAAAGCGCUACCGGGCGAUACUCGCGGCGGUGACCGCUGCGUGUAGAAGUGAACACGCAAAAUUGUGCAGUGCAUCACGGUCACAACGGGGCACGUCAGGACCGGAUAGAUGAACAUCGGCAAGUCGGUGUCGCGCCUCGACCUGGGCCUGCAAAAUUCAUCUGCCAUGGCGCACCAGGCAAGAGGUCUACCGCAGUUGCGAAUAAAGUUUUAUAAUACGAUCGCCGCCGGUCUCCAAAUAGUCCUCUUGCUCACCGUCCUACCUCAAGAAAGCCUUUGCGGGCGCCACGAGAAACGCUUAUUGAAUAACCUCCUGGCAAAUUACAACACCUUGGAGCGACCGGUCGCGAAUGAGAGCGAACCACUGGAGGUGAAGUUUGGCAUCACUCUGCAGCAAAUCAUCGAUGUGGACGAAAAGAACCAAAUACUUACGACCAACGCGUGGUUAAAAUUGGAGUGGACGGACUAUAACCUUCAGUGGAACGAGUCCGAGUACGGCGGAGUGAAGGACCUUCGUAUUACGCCGAACAAGCUUUGGAAACCGGAUAUCCUCAUGUACAACAGUGCGGAUGAGGGUUUCGACGGGACGUACCAAACAAACGUGGUGGUCACGCAUAACGGCAGUUGCCUGUACGUCCCUCCGGGCAUCUUCAAGAGCACAUGCAAGAUAGACAUCACUUGGUUCCCCUUUGACGACCAACACUGUGACAUGAAGUUCGGAUCCUGGACCUACGACGGCAACCAGCUCGAUCUGGUACUCAACUCAGAGGAGGGUGGUGACUUAUCCGAUUUCAUCAUGAACGGGGAAUGGUACCUCAUCGGUAUGCCGGGAAAGAAGAACACGAUAAUGUAUCAAUGCUGCCCGGAGCCGUACGUCGACAUCACGUUCACGAUACAGAUACGCAGGAGGACCCUCUACUACUUUUUCAACUUGAUCGUGCCCUGCGUGCUGAUAUCGAGCAUGGCCCUACUGGGCUUCACCCUGCCGCCCGAUUCCGGCGAGAAGCUCACCUUAGGAGUGACCAUUCUACUGUCGCUGACAGUUUUCCUGAACCUCGUGGCAGAAAGCAUGCCGACGACUUCGGACGCUGUCCCUUUAAUAGGAUCAUACUUCAAUUGCAUCAUGUUCAUGGUGGCGAGCAGCGUCGUGCUGACCGUUUUGGUGCUCAACUAUCAUCACAGAUCACCCGAUAGAUACGUGAUGCCAAAUUGGGUGAAAUUAGUCUUGCUACAAUGGCUGCCGUGUGUGUUGCGCAUGAGUCGGCCGGGCAAGAAGAUCACGAAGAAAACCAUUCUCAUGAGUAAUCGGAUGAAGGAGCUGGAGCUGCAGGAGAGGAGCAGUAAGAGUUUACUGGCGAACGUUUUAGACAUCGAUGAUGAUUUUCGCCAUGGGAACAGCGCCGCCAAUCCUGCCUCGGGUUAUAUAAGUAGGUCGGCGUAUGGUACACCGCUGUCGACCAGGCCGUCGACGGUCGAGGAAACUUCAGCGUCGUUGCCUCUCAGCGGCAUGCAGAAGGAACUUCACACAAUUCUCAAGGAAUUGCAGUUCAUCACGAGCCGCAUGAAAAAGGCGGACGAGGACGACGAAGUCAUUAGCGACUGGAAGUUCGCCGCCAUGGUGGUCGACAGACUUUGCCUGUUCGUCUUCACAUUAUUCACGGUUUUGGCUACGGUGGUGAUACUGUGUCGCGCGCCACACAUAAUCGUCCAGUAAUAGACUGCCCCGGUCGAACCGAAAAAAUACACAAAAUAUGCCAGGGAUAGCGCCUCCUGGAAUAUUCGGAAACGACGUCCGGCAGAAUUCGAGGAGGCGGCUACAGAGCACGUCGAAGUGAAAGCGGAGAGGGGGGGGGGGGAGGGGGAAGCGCGGAAUAGGAGACGGACUUGUUACAGCCCCUUUCGCGCCCUUCUGCGCGCGACUUCACCCUCGAGGGGAGGAACAAGGGAACGCAUUCUCGCGUUCUCGGAUUCCUCACAGCGGGGGAUCACACACCGCGGCAGUUCGUGCGCCCGGUUCCUUUUCGCGACGUGCUUUCCCGCUCGGACGCGAAAGGGAGGCAAGAGUGAGACCACCGACGACGUUCACAUAGGGAAAAGCUACGGGGAGGAUCGCGACUUCCGGCAGCGGCGAUAUAUUUUAGCGGAGGACACGCUUGGAGGAAACGUUUUCCGGAUUUAAGAAGAGGAGAACACACGAAGGGAAUGGGAACAACGAUCCGAUCGCCGACGUCACGCUCCGUUACGGCUGCGUUAUUUCGUUUAAGUGACUUAAUUAACGUUUUAGUGCGGAACCGGUAGGUAGCUCGACGCGCGACGCGAGCUGGACGGAGAUUUAGAGGAUGCCUCUCCUCUAGAUCGCGUAGACGAAGGUAGGUAGGUAGGUGCAGGUAGGAAGGGAAAGGAUGGGAGAGAUAGAGCGCCGCGCUGUCGAGUGGAUCGAAUUCGCGUCUCGCGGCUCUCAUCGAUCGCGAGUACAUCGACCGGCGCCGAUCGCCGCGGCUGGUCGCUCCGGCGAUCGGGACCGAUUCACGUUUCGACCGAUCGAUGCGAUUUCGCGAGGGCGACGCGACAAAGUCGGCGGCGUCACGAGACAAAGGAGAUCGCGCAGUCCUCGGAAGAGCGUUGUUGCGGCCUUUCGAUAAAUAAUAACAAUAAGGAUAAUAUUUCUUAUAAUAAUGAAAAUAAUAAUUAAUGAUAAUUACCGUUAGUCGCUUUGCGCGCGCGCGCAUGCACGCACGCACGCACGACCGAGUCGUAAUUAAUUAACAAUUGCGAUCUGUUGAGGGUCUCUUGUAGGGAACCGAGACGGAACUUAAAAUAAACUGCCAAAUAGAAACUCGAGUCAGGGGUGUUCAACCUUUUCAAACGGAAAAUAGGAAAGUAAAGUGCGGCCUGGACGAUCGACAGGGUGAACGCACGUGCGGUACCGCGACCAAUUGGGGGGCGGCGAGAGCUUCGUUGACACAACGGUGACCCGUCGUCACUGCUCCGCUUCAUUCGACGAGCUUUUUUUUUCUUUUUUUCUUCGUGCACGGCGAUCCGCGGGUAACGGAUGCGAUUUUAGCGGCCUCCGGCCGGAUAGUAUCUCUCCCGAGGCGAGCCACCCCAACCCCCUCCCUCUCCCUCCCCCUCAGACACAGGGCGCGAACGAAACUUGCGUCGUCAAUGAUCGCGCGAUCGACCCUCCGCACGCUCGAUAUAUUUUUCCACGUUUUCCCACGUUGUAAAACUCUCCUAUUAUCACGCGCUCGAAAGCUGACGUACGCGAAAAACCACAGAGGAUCCCUCCCUCCCUCCCCAUGCCUCACUUCCCCCGCACUCCGUGUUCCGCGAAAACCCGUCGGAUAUUUUCUCACCGCGUAUUACCAUGGUAUGCACGUGUGUUUGUGUGCUGCAUGCGUGCGUAUGUACGUGCGCGGGCGUAUGCGUGUGUGUAUGUGUGUGUGUGAGUACACGCGAGAGAUCUACAAGCGCACAAGAGAACGGUUGACGCGUCGCUUAUUCAGCCGAUCGGCGGAAGGGGGUCGAUCGAUCGAUCGGCCGCUCAUUCGUCCGGGAUCGUACGAGCCGCACGAGCGCGCAGCAUAUAAAUCAGCGAGCGAACACGCACACACGGAAAAGGGGAAAGGAAGAGAGAGAGAGAGAGAGAGAGAGAGACAAGAGGCGAACGCGACGAUGGGACGCGAGCAAACCGCGGAGAAGAAAUAAAAAAUAAAAAUUAAAAAAAAAAGAAAAACUGCCAAGUUGGACCACCCCUGCUUUCCGUACAGAGUCACGCGUACUCGAGUCCUCGAGGACCUCGGUGAAUCCGUCGUGGAUCGUGAUCGAGCGCUGCGAGAGCGAUCGACGUACACACAUUAUUUGGGGGCCAUGCCUACCGCGACGACGAUUUGUAUCUCAGUGGAUCGCGUAGUCUCGUUGCUCCGUGCUCAAAGCACACCCUCCGACGACUGUGACUUAAAGUGGGCCAAGCUUCCCGAACCGUGUCACGCUUUUCUAACGGUCGUUAGACUUCGAUUUCGCUCUUUUGCUAAAACGGAUCUCACACGAUUCGUCGGCGGAGAGAGAGACAGAGUCAAAGAUCGCGAAUUUGACUUCGAUGGCUUAAGGAUCCUACGGUCACGUAACGUAAUUUUCAUGCUAAACAAAAUUUUCCGCGAAUUACCUAGCGAUUUGGAGAAAAUGAAUUUUUUUUUGUAUUUGUGUGCGCUAUUUUAAUUAAAAAGUUAAUCGGGAAAAUACUUCAUUUAAAAAGAAAGGUAAUUGAAACUCAUUACUUUUUUCCAUUUUUUUCGUUGUCGGAACGUGAUAUUUGUAAUGCUGCAGUUGAUGAUCCGCUGUCGCUGGCGGUAUAAAAGGGAGCUCGUGACCUCGUGCGAGCUAAUCAAACAAUUAAUCCUUGAGGCGGAUACCGGGUAUCCUCCGAAGGCCUCAUUAACGUAAACUCAUCGCCGAGGGCGGUCGGUACUUUUUAAUCACGCACGACUAAUUACCGAAUCGAUUCGCAGAUCAGCUCGUUAUUGCGUAUCACAUAUGGGCUGUACGGACUGACCGAUAUUUCAUUUAUGCAAAUGAGUUUCGCCGGAUUAUUGCAAUAUUGAUCUUUUACGUUGUUUGUUUCAUUGAUAUUUUUAUACACGCAUUUUUUCAUAAUCUCCGUCUCGUUUAGAGAAACUUCAUUCGUAUUUUAUCAUUACGAUAGUUACUAUCUGCAGAAGGGACUCACGUCCUAUUGCACGCUUCGAGAUUAAUGGCACUAAUCUUAGGAGAAAAUCAGUUCCAUGAUGUAUGGGCAUAAAGUAAAUAUUAUAAGACUUUUUCAACUGCCAUACAUAACAGGCAAGUAAAUGAUAAAUGUUAAUUCACGAAGGUCUUGUAAUAUUUAAAUGAGAAGCUAAUAUUUGUUUUUCCAGGUAACUUCACACUUUUCCUCCUUAACUUAAUUAUUCCGUUAUAGCUGAUAGCGUAGAGUUAAUUGUGCAACACGUAUACGCGCAAAACUUUCGCGUAUAUAUUUAGCAAGAUAAUUUUAAUAAGGCAUAACGUUAAAUUACAGUCGUCGAGGGUCGUGACAAACAUCCCCGUUCCCAGCCCGCUCACCCUGCCUCAUUUAACGUAGCUAUACGGAAUGUGCUAGAGUGACGUGUAAUCGUUCAAACGGCGCAAAGGAUGAUACACAGAAGUGACGAAUUUCGUCGAAGUGUUUUCGACCAAAUACUCAGAUAAAUAUGUAAAUAUAAACGAGUAAACGUUUCGCGUGGCGUGGGGACUCAAGUACAUCCUACAACGAUCCGUUUGGUACACAAAUGUACAGUAUCGUCGGCUAAACCGUUUCACAGCACGCCCACAGACACACGUACACAGAAAACACACGAAUGCACAUCCACCGAUGAACUUCUUAGAGGCAGCGACAAUGUAUUAAUCAAGCGGAUACGGAAAUCGGGAUACAUCAACGAUAUGGUCGAUCGCGUGCCGAUCGCUCCGGAAUCUCCCGGACGACCGUAUAAAUAUCGCGCACCGACCACCGGCGCGGGAAAAAAAAAAGAGUCCACCGAGCAAAUCAAAUCAAACCGAAAAUCAUUGCGAUUUCCGUCCCCCCCCCCCUCCCCCGAGGACGGUGCUUCAGGUGAUUAUCUAUCAUUGCCGACAAUCAUUUCGCGGGAACGUAGGUCUGCGGUGCCCAGCGGAAGCACGCGAAAACGCACACAAACGGGACGGGAAGGAAUUGUGAUACAAUUGUGUGAUCCUCGGGAUCGACGCGCAACGCGACAGGCAAACAGAACGCGAGGAAACAAUUUCGAGCACAACGAAUUACGAGUAGUAUUUCGUGAGCGCGCAGGGAAGAGGGGAAAAAAGGGCAGGGAGGGGGAGACUGAAGGGCCGUUUACACCGCGCGAUUUCACGACACUCAAGUCUCUGCUAAGAAAUGCCGUUAGGGUAAUCGUUAUACGAACGUUAUUCUAAAAUCAUAACUGCUUGUUGUAAUAAGUAAGGGCUAGAAUAUACGUACCAAGUGUUGCAAUACUUAAUAUGUAUUCGCAAUAAGUGUAGCAUAUUUAAUUAAAAUACCGCUAAAGAGCUGUAAACGCGAAUGCGCGGAGGUGUAGGCAUUGCGCUUGGACUCAAGUGUAACGAGAAACGAUCGUGAACAUUUAUAAUAAUUCGAGCUGCGUGAAUCACUGAAUCGUAAUCGUUGAAUCAACUAAUUCGUAAUCACUGAUUCAAUAAAUAAUUAUAGUAAUUUGCUCAGUCGAUUUGAUAUCCGUUUGUGCGAGCUUCGUUAAUAAGCCGAGCGUCGGCGGUUUUCAUUCUUUCGGGCAAUCACUUCCUCGGAUUUUUCCGCAAAUCCUCCUACGUAGGGUCCACUUUACCACAAUUCGACGCGACCUCCCUUGAAAAAAGAAAAGCCAAAAGAUGCGCGGUGUAAACGGGGCCUUGCAGAAUCGCUGGAACGAUCGACGUCGUACGGGGGUGACCGACGACUUCGAGGCGGCGCGGCCGAUCGACGGGAGAUUCACCCAGGGCGUCCUCCGAUCUAGCAUAAUUUUCUAACUCAUCAACGCGCGCGCUACGUAAUCGAUAAGUAUACGAGUAUAUAUUAAACCGGCGUCGGCCAGGUUUGACGGCCGGUCGGUCCGUCGCGGGGGGGGGGGGGUGAAAGAGACGCGAGGAAAACGGGUAGAGAGGCGAGAGUCCGAGGGCGCGUCGCGACGCCGUCGUUGAUAAUCGGCCGCCGGAGCGAAACCGUCGCGUGGAGAUCGGGAGUUUGGGACGAUCGCGCAAUCUGCGGUCUCGAAGUGGCACACUCGCGAGAAAACGAGACACUUGCUAUAUAUGACAGCGACACACCAGAGGGAAAGGAAGGUACACAGACGCGUUCCCCGUGUUCGCCCGAGAGCGUUUCUUCGGCGUCGCGUUUCGAUUCCCUCGAGAAUUCGUCGAUCUCGAGAUACGAUCACGUUCACGUUCACAUUCAAGCAAAUCAAAUUUCGUAAAAUCGAACGCGGACUAGCGCUAGACGCGCGUGACGAAAACACGGGCCGCAUCUUCCCGCGUAGAGAGAUCGUGUAUAAAUGUGUACCUUCCGUUGCCGUCUCGCACCGCGGAGAUUUUUUUAUAUGUGUAAAACGAUAAAAACGAAGGCAGAGGCGGCGGGAGAGUAGCGCAUUGUUAAUUCCAAAAUGCUCAUUAAAACGAAUCUAGCGUGUAUACAGCGUAAGAAAAAAAUUUUACAUGGUGUUUGUACGUUUAAGGGACUAAAAAAAAAAACAUUGCAUUACGCAGAGGAUCGCUCUGUGAUUGAACCAUCGUAUGUAACAAGAGCAUUAAAGCAGCGCGAAGAUGUAAAAUUACGAGCACGGCGAGCGAGGAAAUGUUAUAUAUUGUAAGUAAAGAAAAAGAGAGGAGAAAAAGUAUGAGAGAAGGCGGAGGAAACGAAAAACGAAUCCGUGUAAACGUUAAGCGAAUUAAACUCUAGGAACUCGAUGUACGGUAAUCGUUUGGUUAGUGAAAGGUCACGUGAUUAUCAUUACUAUUGUUUACGCCGAGGGAAGCGACGAUCAUCGUUAGUGCUAUUAUCACACACCGCAGGACUAUUACUAUUAAUAUGAUUACCGUUACUAUUUAUCACUACUAGCGCUACUGAAUAUUAUUAUUAUGGUUAUCAUUACUACUACUAUUAUUAUUACUAAUGUCGUUACUAACUAUACUACUACUAUUACUACUACCGCUAGAAGCUACACUUACUAUUAUCUACCUACCGCCGCUACUAUUGUUACUAUUAUUGCUAACUCCUAACUCUCCACCGGGCGUGGAGCGCGCGAAACGUCGCGCGAGGGAUCGCGCACGAUUUUAGCCGUAAGCUAAACGAUCUCGAUUUGCGUUUUUAAUAUUCGAAUUAUGGUAUACAUAUAUAUAUAUAAUGCGCGGUGGACACAGACAGACGGAGCUCAAGCGAUAUCACGACAUAUCCCGAAUAAUCGUCGGUCGACUUUAAGGAUUAUACCGGUGGGAAAAUUGUUGUCACAAUAACGCGCCCGCGUUCAAUCGUGCAACGCGAGCGACGUUUUUAGCGUCAAUGCAUCCGAUUCCGUAGGCUAUCCGAAUUAAUUAGUGGACCGAAGGUAAAAGCCGGCACGGCGCCGCGGGCAUUCUUUCGUCGCGUUCCGGGAUAAUUUGAUUCGCGGAAAAACGUUCUUUCUUUAUCGGCCUUCUUCGUUCGGGGAAUAAAUGUGAAGAAUUCCAUCACAAACGGUCGCUGUUGCAAUCCUUAAUCUGAACAACAAUCGCACGCGACAGGCGACGACGCGCGCGACGUGGCGCUAAAUUUGUCUAAAUUUGUUCCGUUACUCGAGAUUGCGUAAUAAGUUGAAACAACAUUCGCGAGGCCGACCAUGGAGAGGCACCGGUUAUCUUUGCGCGCAAAUAUUCCCUUCAGCCUGUCGCGAUUCGUUUGGAAAACUUUACUACGUCUGCACGUUUAAUCCUCUCAGUCUCGAAUAAUUUUCCGAUUCAGCAAAAACUGGAUUACACGCGACGCCCAUUACUAUUUCAAGAUGACAGCAUAAAAGUUCUUUAGAUAAAAUGAUUGUAGAGUAGAAGCUCGCGGAUGCAACUAUCUUUUUUUUUCCAUAAACGUAAAAAUACAUAUAAAAAUUCAAUAAUAUAAAAAUUAUUAAAAAAAAUGAAAACUUAAUGAAAUUAAUUUAUCGAAUACACAACUGAGUGAACACAUUUUGCAUUUUUAUUCCGUGACACGCGAUUCGCUGAGACAGGCACUGUCCUCUAUUAGCAUUAUUCGAGUUCUCUUAAUUCUGAACUGGGACUGAAAGGAUUAAACUACACCGAUUUUCCGCGCGCGCGGUUCUCUUUCCGAUAGAACGGCUAGAUUUCUCGAUUACCUUCGCCACGAUUAAGAAUAUGAACGAUAAGAAGUACGUAUAUCGGGUAAGUGUACGCACCUUCGCCGGUACGAAGCUCGCGUUUCGCCCGCCGCUGCGUAAACGCGAGCGGGCGCAUUGAAACAUGAAAAUCGUGUAAAUAACUUCUGUGAUAAGAAUCGAUUAUUUAGUAAUUGCCGAAUGCGAAACCCCUUAAGGACGUCGAUGGAAGCGACGACGCGAGCCCAAAUCGACGACUAACUGCUUCGCCGUAAGCGACACGAAACCUUAUAUAGCAACGAGAAUAAUUUAAAUAACGCCACACGUUUCUUUAUGUUCCUUAUUUCUCUGCUACGCGCAAAAAUUUUUGAAACAGACGUAUGUCUGACUUUUUCACUCAAAAAAGAAGUAUUUAACUUUAAGAUACUAAAGUGCUUUAUUUUCGUCUACGUUUUUAAAUACUUAAAAAUGUUUUAAUUCAAACGGUGUUUAUAUUAAAAAUACUAAAAUGUUUGAAGCAAUUAAAAAUGUCAACUUUAAACAUUUUAGCGUUUUAAAUCCAAACACCGUUUUUAAGUGUUUGACGAAUGAAGACGGAAAUAAAAUAUUUUAAUAUCUGUAGAUGAAACACUUCUUUUUUUUUUAGUGAGUGUAUUUUAUAUCGAAUUCUUUAUUUCUUCUUCACUUUUAGAAUAUAAAAUGUGAGAUAUUAUGAAAAUGUUAUAACAUUCUCUUGAUAUGGCUUCAAAAAUUAUUACUUCGACAUGUAAAAUACAUAUUAUCUUCAACUUUCAAAUUAAUUUCUGCGCUUUGGACCGUCAAUGCAGAGACAGGUUGUGUAACGUUAGCGUAAUAGACGAUCGAAUUAGACAGACAUCAGAAUAAUAUACGAACCGGAUAAUUGGCUUCGUUUUACAGCCGAGAUAAUCCAAUUCUCUGAAUUACUCGAGUCGGUUCCCGUAGUCCGUCUCGUGCCAAAUUAUCUGCUUGUGUCAGACAAGAGAGAUUGGCAUCGGAUCUUUUUCUUAUAGGAAGAACAGUCGGCAAUCUUGACAGUGAUCUUUUGCAAAUAAUUUUCCCGCGGCCUGCAUUUCUUACGCCUUUCGCAUAUUAAACAAACGGCAGGUCGACGUUAAGAUAAAAGAUCCGCGGAUGAUACGCUAUCGGUUUCGUGUUACGCGGGGCGAAGCUUAACGUGUCUUCAUUUGCGGUUAAUUGAGGCCGAUUAGUAGCAACGGCACUUGCGCCCGCCAACGAACGAAGGCGAACCGGAAAUGACGGGGCUUAGUCUGGAAAUUGCCAAUCGACAUCUAAUCCGGCCGUUCGCGGCCAAUUUUCGACUCGACGGCGAAGAUGAAGCGGCGACGCGCGUGCUUGAAAUACGAUCGCCCGCCCGAUCGAGAGAUUGAGAAAGCCCGAAUCCAGGGGAGGAGGAAAGAGGCCUCUCCCCUCGCGAUUUUUCCUCGACGACGCGCGAAUAGCGAUCGACCGUUGUGACCAGUCCGCUAAUUACAGACGACAUCACGCAGACGAGGGACACGCCCGCGCGAUCUAUUUUUACUUUUUUAUAUGACACGUGCUUCGUCGCGACCAUAUUCGACGUAGCGUCGCCACAAGACACGGAAGGGAAAAGUCGGGCUGGGCCUCGUGACGUCACUUCCAACGUACAAACGACGCGGAGCGGUCGCGGGGAACACUCGUUAUGCACUUAAGCGACUUCGUUUCGAGCGGUGCAUUAUUAUCGAUGGUGUGUAUAGCCGUGCGCCGUGUGUAUAAUGUAUACAUACACAUGUACUUUGAACAUACGAAUAUAAAUAUAUGAAUAGCGUAUACAUAGGUAACGCAUUAUACAUAUAUACAUAUUAUACAUAUUACAUAUAUAUAUAUGUAUAUAUACAUAUAUAUACCGUAUAUACACAUAUGUAUACAUAUAUAUAAAUAGCGGAAACAAUAUUGUAACAUACGAAGAAAACGCAGGGGAGUCUGCUAAAGGUGAAAAGAAAAAAUGCUAUAUAUAAAUUGACAUUGAACGUUAAACUAAUGAAUAGUGCGAACUGUUAAUAAAUUGUAAUAUUAACUAAUUCAUUAAUGAACUAAAUACAAAGGAAUUGAACUAGGUUACAUUACGGGCAACCAGUAGUCUGUCCCCCGAAGCAUUCUCGUUCUCUGUUUCUACUUUCCGCGAAACCGUGGAACUCGCGCGUUGCUUUCGGCAUGCAUAUAUAUAUAUACAUGUAUAUAUAUACGUAUAUGAUUUCUCGCCACGAAACGUGUCUCACAUUAGAUUCCUCCUUGAUUUCCAUCGGAUGUAGUAUGUAUAAUCUUUAAAUGAUUUGUCAAGAAUUGUUUGUCAAGCUGCUGGCCACGCGACACACGCCCCGCGAUGCUCUCGUUUAUAUAAAUUAUUAUACUCACAUGUACAUAGGACACAAUAUUGUAUACACACGCGUGCCAAGAGUGAUUUAUAAACGCAAUACACGGCGUGCGAAUCAAAAGAAAAACAUAAAGAAAAUGAAAGAAGGACGAGGAAAGGAAUAGGUAACGGUGAUUGGAAGAGGCUACGAGAAUGUCGAUUGUCGUCGUUCCUCUCCCGAAUUCUGCACUGAUUCUCAAAUAAAAGGUACGGUUUGACCUCCACGCACCGACUGCUCGUAUUUUAUUCCUCAGGAAUAAAAGUCGAGGGUGGUCCCUUCCCUUUUCCCCCCAUAAUCUGCGCCCCCGUUCGCUUUCGCUCCAACGAUAUGUGGAGGACGAGUUGUUAAGCCAAAAGAAAAAGAAAAAGAGGGAAAACGGCAAGAAAAGACCAAUCGAAAGCGCCGGAACUUUUUUUUCGAGAUCAACGUGAGUUGAAACAAAGAGAAAUGAUACAAAGCGCGACCAGAUCGUCAUCGACCAUAUUAUCGACAUCGGCGCUACGCACACGCGUUUAACUAGAGAGAGGAAAAAGAAAACACGCGCUCGCACACAUUGCCACACGGAUUGACCACCGACGGAUCGAUCCGCAAGCUGUUUUACACAAGAUAGAUACGUAAUGUUACCGCCGUUGUGUAAGUGCGCGAGACGAGGUGUCAUGUAAAGUAAAUUAAUAAUAAUAAUAAUAAUAAUGAUAACUGACAGAGGAGACAAGCCAGCCGCGCGCGGUAUGCUCAAAAUGUAGAAUAAAGAUUAUGUACAAUGCGUUUAAGGGUAUCCUUAUGUAUAGAUAACACGUUAAUACGGAGUGUAAAUGCGAUUGUCGCGACGAAAGCGGGACGGGACUGUUAAAACUUGUAGAAUUUAAGUGAGAGCGAGAAUUCGGCGAUACCUGCUGCGAUGCGUCGCUAUGUAUAGCGUGAAAGAAUGCAAAUGCUAAUGCAAAACUCUAUGAAUAAUCUUGCGUUCCUAACGAUGAGAACAUUGUCCGAUGAAUAAAUGACGGAUUGACGCUAAUUGACUUUAAUUUCCAUUUCACGAUAACGAGCAGACACAUAGUCCACACAACUUGAAUUUAAUUCGUACGGAUUGAAAAAAAUGUAGUCAUUUUGUUUUACACGGACACACAAUAGCUUCCAAUUUAUUCAUUUUAAUUUAUUUGUUAAUUUUACAUUUCGUUACUAUAUUGCUUUGUAAUAUUAAAAAUGAAAGACCUUUCUUCAUUCAUCGUGUUUUAACAUAUUUAAGAAAUUGUGUACAGAUACAUACAUUUUCAAAUAAAAGUAAUUGAAAAACGGAACAGAGAGAUGCAAUAUGAAUCGAUAAAAGGCAACCUGAAAAUUCUUUCAAAGGACUAUAUAUAUAAACGAAAAUAAUUUAAAUAUUAAUAAUUAAAUGAUAUUUAAGUGGAGAAUCGCGCGAUUCACGAGACCAUUAUUUAAUUAAUUAUUCUUAUAAUCUUAUUUAUAUUUAGGGAUGUAUAUAACCUUUCGUUCAAGUCGAUGUAACAUGCGAUAGUUUCCACAGUUUUGUACGAGCAAGAUGGAAAUAAAUGUCAUGCAGUCCUUGUCUUCUAUAGAAA